AAGUGGACUCACAACUUCACAAGUUAGGAGAAGGUUUCGUCUAUUAAUUACAGUAUACAAGCCUAUGGGGGGCAAGCAAACGAACUAGCUAGUAGCCCGACCAGGAAGAAAAAAAAAGCAAGAGAAAGCUAGCUAGCAAGCAGCAGCUGGGGGGCAUGGCAGAGACGGCGAUCACGGCGGUGCUGUCCAAGUUCGGGGAGCUGGCGUCGCGGGAGGCGGCGGUGCUGGUGCAGGUGGGCAACGACAUCAUGCUGUUGCGCGACCGCCUCGAGUGGCUGCAGGCCUUCGUCCGCGACGCCGACCGGAGGCGCCGGCUGGCCUCCGACGACUUCACCCGGGUGUGGGUGCGCCAGACGCGGGACGUCGCCUUCGACGCCGAGGACGCCCUCGACCACUUCUUCCACAAGGUCGAUCUAGAGGCCCAGGGUUACCGUGGUUGGAGAAUCUGGCGCAGAUACUUAACCGGCUGCACCACGCAAAUCUCUGUUCGACAUGAUUUAUCAGGCCAGAUAAAAAGAAUCAAGAGCAGACUAGACCAGAUAUCAGAGAAUCACAAGGAAUUCAAGAUCGAGCAUACACCUGGGGCAUGGACAUCUUCCAUCACAGAAGUUGCUGCAUGGGACAACAUUGGGGACGCUCCGGUGGGAUUUGAUGGUUACUUGAGGGCACUGGAGAAUCAUCUCCUUUCUCAUGAACAUACUCCACAGCAAAGAUUCAUUUCCAUAUUGGGGGAGACUGGUAUUGGGAAGAGCACACUCAUGUUGACUAUCUGUAACAAAAUCAUUAAGGAUCAUGAAAAUCAUUUUGAUAAGUUAAUCUGGUACAACAUGCCACCAAAUUCUAGUGCAAAUGAUCUCCUGAAGCAAGUCUAUGAAAGGGCACCGGAUAAAGUACCAUCAGAAGGGGAAGAUACUGAUAUCACCAAGAAGCUCCGUUCUUUUCUGCAUGAUAAGAGGUAUCUAGUUAUCCUGGGUGGCAUAAACUCUAUAACAGUGCUUAAUUGUGUGAAGGCAAGCUUGCCAGACAACAGAAAUGGCAGCAGAGUGGUGCUUAUCUUAGAGCCUGAGAGCCAGGAAGUUGCAAAGCAUGCUGACACCCUCAACAAAAAAGUAGAUGCUGAUUCCAAAAACAUUAGUGGAAGUACAAUCCAGCUGGGCAGGUUGAAUGAAAGCCAAAGUGCAGAACUGUUCUGUCGCAGGGUCUAUGGUUACAACUACACGAAGCCAAGAGGGUAUAAAGUCAGUUACAAUGAACAAGUCUUUAAGAUAACUGGGGGUCAUCCUCUAGCGAUUGUGGUUUUGGCAGGACUAUUACGGUCAAAAGAGAUGCCUGUCGAGUGGGAUUCAGUGCUGCAACAGCUUAUGCCUGGCGUAGAAGCGGGAGAGAGUCAAGGUAACAAGAUAGCCGGUGUUCUCUUGACGAAAGAAAAGCCCUUUGAGUGGGAUGCCUUGCUCCAGCAGUUGAUGCCAACCACAGAAGCUAAACUGUCCAAUAGAAUGACAAUUGAGAGGAUCUUCUCAACAAGUUUUGAUGACCUCCCGCAUGACCUCAAAUCAUGCUUCCUCUACUUUGCUGCUUACCCUACAAAUAUCACUCACCCUGCGGAUCAGAUAAUGCGCAUGUGGAUAGCCGAGGGCUUCAUCAAGCCAGAAAAGGGCAAGAACAUGGAGGACCUAGCCCAAGAAUAUCUCAAGGAGCUUAUCUCAAGGUUCCUAGUUGAGGUUAAAUAUAGGAAUGAAUGCGAAAAGAUUGAGUUAGUGCAGGUUCACAAUCGACUUCUACGGUUCCUGCAAUCAGAGGCUCGUGAAGCUAGCUUCAUUGAGAUUCAUGAUAACACUGAUGUUCUUGCACCAGCAGCAGUGCGCCGCCUUUCCAUUCAGAAUGACAGUGGAAACUAUAUUCCUUUUGGAAACAGAUUCCCCAAGCUGCGUUCCUUCAUAUGUCGUGUCGAAGAGGGAGAAGGUGCCAGCGCUACACCGGACCUGAAGAAUGACCCAAAGAACAUACCAAGGAAAGACCCAUUAAAGUUUCUGUGUGGCUCUAAAUUCCUUCGGGUAAUCUCCAUAGGUGGAAUACAUCUUGCUGAGCUGCCCGAUGCGAUUGGCGAUAUGAUUCACUUACGGUACAUAGGUGUUACCAGCUGUGAUUUGGAGAAUCUCCCAUCAAGCAUUGGAAGGCUCCUCAACUUGCAGACCCUAGACAUAAGGAACAGCAAAGUCAAAAUUAUUGCGCCAAAAUUCUGGAGGAUUAAGACAUUGCGGCACGUGAUCGCUGCACAGCUUCAACUGCCAAACUCCGUUGGUGAACUGAAUAACCUACAAACUCUACAUGGUGUAAAACCUGCGGAAAAUUGGGGUGGACUGACAUGUCCAUUGGACAUGAUGACCAAUCUUCAGUCUUUGGAGUUGCAUGGAUUUAAUGAUGCCAACCAUGGAGUAGCAUUGGAACGUGCUCUCCAGAAGCUAGAGCUCCUUGGGCAUUUGAAAUUGACUGGGGACAAGAUUCCAUCAUCUGUGUUCACUGCACCAAGCCUUCGCUAUGUUGAGAGCUUAGUUCUUGAUGGGGAUAUUAAAUGGGCAGAUAAUUCUUCAAAUACUUCCAACUACUCACCAGAAGUUGCAUUGGGCAUCUGUGAGUUGCGACCAAACCUUACUGUGCUCAAAUUGAAUAGUGUCAGUAAGGAGCUCGAGGAGUUCAUAGAGAAAAUUAGGCCCCACCUUACAGUAUAUGAAUGUCCCACACGGACAGAUGCUUAGAAAAAAUUCUGAAGACACGCGUGGUUCAAAUUUCAUAUGUGUUACAAAUCAACAAGGAAUAUGGCUCAACAGGCUCACAAAUAACGGAGUUAAACCCAAAUUUCUUUCAUGCAUUAUGGUCCUCUGUAUAUCGGUGCCUUCAGUUGAAGGCUUGUGUGAUUUAUGAGUAAUAUUUCUUUUGCAA